AACCAAUUAGAUCAUGAGACGCGAUCCGUGUGCCUUUCGAUGUAGCAAACGUAUCAAACGGAUUCUUGCUCUUUCACACUCUGUAAAGUGUUGUUUUUGCCAUACUUUUAGGAUCAAACGCUAGUGUUGGUGUUAUACUCAUAAGCAGUUCUACCUUUCUCUGACGGAUUUGUGGCGGGGGCACCUAAGAGGACGAACAUGUCGGGAAAGAGUUUUCGCGUUAGCGACGGAGACUGGAUUUGUCCCGAUAAAAAGUGUGGAAAUGUCAACUUUGCUAGAAGAACGAGUUGUAACAGAUGUGGCAGGGAUAAAACAACUGAAGCAAAGAUGAUGAAAGCAGGGGGAACAGAGAUUGGAAAGACCCUGGCUGAGAAGAGCAGAGGUCUCUUCAGUGCCAAUGAUUGGCAGUGCAAAACAUGUGGCAAUGUAAACUGGGCCAGAAGAUCAGAGUGCAACAUGUGUAACACUCCUAAAUAUGCCAAACUGGAGGAAAGGACAGGAUAUGGUGGAGGGUUCAAUGAGAGAGAGAAUUUAGUCUACAAUGAGCGAGAGGAGUCUGAUGGCGAGUACGAUGAAUUUGGGCGCAUAAAAAAGAAGUAUCGUGGAAAAAGCAAGAAGGACACUGAAAAAAAAGAGGAACCAAAAAAAAAUAAUAAUGAUGAUGAUGAUGACGACGACGAUGAUGAAGAUGGAGACCUUUCAAAAUACAAACUUGAUGAUGAUGAUGAGGAUGAUGCAGAUUUGUCCAAGUACGAUUUGGAUGCUAGUGAGGAGAAGAAAGGGAGUCGCUCCGGCUCCUCACGGUCAUCAUCUUGCUCGUCCAGUUCAAGUUCCCGGUCUAGGUCCAGCAGAUCCCGGUCCAGGAGCUCAUCCAGUUCCAGAUCUCGCUCUCGCUCCAGGUCCAACUCCAGAUCCAGCUCCAGGUCAGGAAAGGGCUCUGCUUCCUCAAAGAAGAGGUCUCGCUCCCCUUCGUCAUCGCCUGAGGGAGGCCAGAAGAGGAGUCGUUCCAGGUCCUCCUCUGGUGGCCACAAAAAAAGACGCGCACGAUCGCACUCGUCUGAAAGGCGCAGAGGCUCAUCUGGAUCAUCCCACUCUGGCUCAAGCUCAAAACAGAAAUGAUUAACAAAAGAAACAAAUCUUUCUAGAACUGCAUGUUUUUUUUUUGGUUUGAUUUUUAAACUCCAGUUUUUUUGGGGCUAUUGCAACUACUCAACUGUUUGAAUUCACAUUGAUUUCUAUGAAAAAAAUACUUGCGCACUUGUUCACAUAACCUCUUCUCAAAAGUUUUCUGCCUUUUUUUUUUUUUUUUUUUUAUAUAACAUCUAGCCAGAUCUCUUAACAGUAUAACUCGAGGUGUAUAGUCUGUAGUGUCAGUGGGUUUAUAGAGAAAUAACAUCAAGUCUGUGACUGAUUGGCACAUAUCUUCUGGACAUCAACCAUUUUGAUGGGAAAUUAUGCAAAUUACAUCGCAGAAAUAGUUGUAUUCAUCUAUUGUCAGACAUUAUUGCCAUCAGAACAACCAGUUCAUUAACAAAACAUUUGUUAAUUAAAAAAAAAAUAAAUACUUGGAUGCUGGUUUUAUGGUUCUUGUAUAUGAAAUACCUCACAAGCAAUGUUGAUGGCUUAACCACGUCAAGCAAUGCCAGCAUCUAAUAGAGAGCCUCUGAGGUGUAACAUUGCCUUGUCUAAUUGUGCAUUAAAGGUAAGUAUGUUUUUUUUUCUAUGCUUGUAGAGA